UGUUUGCUUUGUCUUCUUUGCAUCUUCUGCAGUGUUUUCUUUGAUUGUCAAUCGUUCAAACUGUUCCUACAUCACGGGGCAUACAUUCGUUUCUUGCCUAAGGCUAUCAUUCGCUGCAGAACCCUGCCGAUUUCGAACUUUCGUUUUUUCGAGUCAGAUUGCUUUGCCCUUUUUGGCUUUCUUUAUCCUUGCCAAUCAUAUCAAAUAGUGUCUUCGGUGGUUCGCCCCAGUACCAGACUUUGGCCCAGUCAUUCGUUCAUCGCCGCAAACGGAAAUCAAAAAGAAGCGAAGAUGUUCGCCCAACAGUUCGACCACUCGUUCAAUGACAUAUUUAACCAGUACGUCAAUGUGGAAUCCUCGAGCGCCGAUGGCAACAAAGACGUAUCAUUUCCCAGCGGCGACUUUGAACAACUGUUCCCAGUCGACUCAUUGUCAAGUGACUGUGGCGCUCUUUCAUCGCCCACUAUUUCCCCCUCCAAUAAGCGGUCCCGUCAGUCUCCUCAGCCCUGGAGUACUCCUGCUCAAGACCUCUGGAGUCUGCCGCAAGAGACCGGUGCUGCGUCAUCUUCGUCCGUCGACCAGGGCACCUUUUCUUUCCAUGACACUGUCCAACCUUCUGCUGUGUCUAAUCUGAGUCUCAAUCUUGACGCUCAGUCAUCCUCCUCUUCUUCCCGACCUACAGUAGCUCAUGGGCUAUCCUCCACUCCGCUGUCGACCCCUCCCGAGACUCCCCGCAAGAAAGUUUGUAUGGGUAGUGGUAUAAACACUCCCAAGUCUAUCCGUCAUCAUCAGGAUACGGGUGACCGCCGUCGCCAGCUGCGCAAGCAGAGCUCCUCUCCUAGUUUGACGCGCUCUUCACGCGCCCAGAAAGCUAGAAUGGCAUAUUCUGAAGCUUCUGCCCCACGCUUCCACAAAUUCAGCCUCCAUAGUUCAGACGACCGUCUACCGUUGUCUCCGCCACCAACAGAUCUUCUCGCGCAGCACGAGAACCUUUCUGCACAUAACGCAACUCACCUGAACGGCUCUACGGACCAGUUUUCAGGUGAUUCUGCCAAGAUGCCUCAGCAGUACGAUUCGAGCAUCUUUAACCAAUCUCCGGCUAUUUCUAUGCCCUCGCCCUCGGCUAGUGCAUUGGCCAGACAGCAACAGAGAUACAUGAGCCAACCAAACAGCACUACAUUGACCCCCAGUCCUCCCUCAGCCGACGAAAUUUUCUCCUCUCCGCACUCUUCGGGCUCCCAGUCCUUGUCCUCGUGGUAUUCUGAUUCACUUGCACCAUCCGCUUUCUCCUUUACUCCCGACCUUAACCACGAUGCACAGCAAUGGUGGUCGCCUAUGGCAUCGCGACUCGCACCGCAGCAGCAAUCCUCGUACCAACCGAUGCUGGAAGCGCCAACUCCCCAAAGGCCCAUCGCGAACCACGACCAGCACAAUGACAUGCUGCAAGGAGGACUUAUGAUUCAGUUCGAUCCUUCGUUCGACAUGUCUGCACCAGCAGAGCCAUCCUUCCCCCCAUCGACCAUUUCUUCCUCGGCACCGGCUACAACCCAGGAAAGCCAGACCUACCAUCCCGUCUCCAGCACACACAUCAACUCCUCCUUCGCCGCCUCUACCCCUCAAAUCCAGCACCACACCCGAUCACCUUCUCUAUCCCCAAGGAACAGCGGUGCUACUACAUCACCCAAGAGCGGCUCAACAACAGCAACACCAACACCACGGACAGGGACCACCAUGAAAACACCACACCGCCGCAGCUACGAGCGAAAGAUGUCCGCUCCCUCGAACACGCCCAAACCCGUCAAGACACACAGCCCUAGGGGCUCCAGCAAGUCCGUGUCCGUGUCUUUUGUCAACUUCACCCCGAGCGACAGCAAGAAGAUCUUGACGGGGGUUGCGCCCAGUGGUAGCUCCAAGACCAAGGCGAGACGUGAGCAGGAAGCGCGCGAUCGCCGGCGCAAACUGGGUGAGGCUGCGUUGAAGGCUGUGAGAAAUGCGGGGGGCGACAUUGAUGCUUUGGAAGCUGUGCUGUGCUGAGAGAUUGAUAUCCUUUUGUUUUGACUUUGUUUAUUGUCUAUUACUGACUGACUAUAUGUCACCUUGGUCAUAAUACCUCGUGUACUUUACUGUAUUUCUGUAUGUUUGUUAUUUGGCAGUGGUCGUUUCGGUGUUUGCUGGUAUCAAUUGUUAUUUAUUAGCGUCUCUGGACUGGGUUUUUGGAUUUGGGUAUAGGUCUUUUCCUUUUGCUAAUAACAUUUCUAAUUUUAAUCACUAA